AGCAGUGACUCAGUCAGUCGCGACACCUUACAAUAAACGGUCGCGUUAACAGACAUUGCAGCUUUCAGCGAAUGUAGCCGGCCUUAAUCGUGCAUUUUAUGUGACGAAAGUGUUUUUGUGUUGUGUUUUUUUUUUAUUUUUAAUUAUUUUAUAAAGCAGAUUAAAAUGGAGAUGGCUCUCUAAAAGCCCAAGCAUGGUCACAUUCUUCAUAUGUAACGUCUGAAGUUUUGGUCAUCACAAUUCCCAAAUCGCGCCAAAAAACUCCACGAUGUGCCCGGAAAAGAAGAGAUAAAAAGUAUAAGAGGGAGAAGAGUCCCGCGAUGUUUUCGUUGACGGAGGGCUGCGGCUGUGUUAGCUUUGGGAGCGGGAGACGAGCGCGGUCUAUGGGCGACGAUUCGUCAUCCUGUAGAAGCUCCGAGAUAGAACAGGAGAUUCCUAAGAAGCUGGGCAAAAGAGUCCUAAGUGGCGAGUGCACCAUGAAAGCAUUGGCGCCGUUUCUUAAGUUCUGGAAGAGAGAUGACGUGAGCAUGACUAAAGCAGAGAGAACAAUGAAAGCAGCGAUACUCAUUCAGCAGUGGUACAGAAGAUACUUAGCCCGGAUGGAAGUGAGGCGCCGGUACACCUGGACCAUAUUCCAGAGUAUUGAGUACGCCGGUGAGCAGGACCAGGUGAAGUUGUACAACUUCUUUAAUGCAUUGCUGACUCACAUGCGGGACACUACUGGUCGCUUGUCAUCUGAACGCACGUCACGGACUGCUUCUGUUUUGGAACAAGUAUUUUCGGAGGAGUCUGACGAAGGCGGAGGCAUUGACGAGACAGCGCCACCCAAGUCACGUGGACCAGACAUUGAGUUUCCACUCAAGAAAAAAGAUGUCGAUUUGCUCAUUGAGAUGUUUCGCAAGAAAAAGCAUCGUCUACACCCGAAGUACGUGGCUCAGAUUCUGAAGGAAGCUGCACAAACCUUGAAGAGACUCCCAAACAUCAACGUAGCAACAACAUCUAUAUCCAGUCAGAUCACUAUAUGUGGUGACCUGCACGGCAAGCUGGAUGACUUGCUGGUUAUAUUUCACAAGAACGGAUUGCCAUCCACGGAAAAUCCAUACAUAUUUAACGGAGACUUUGUGGAUAGAGGCAAGAAAAGUUUAGAAGUGUUCCUGUUGUUAUUGGCUUGUAUACUGGCAUUUCCUGGGGGAGUUUAUUUGAACAGAGGAAACCAUGAGGAUCUUAUCAUGAAUGCUAGGUAUGGGUUUAUAAGAGAAGUACAUCAAAAGUAUCGGCACAAUGCAGAACGAUUACUGAAGCUGGUUGAGAACGUAUACCGCUGGCUUCCCCUGGCCACCAUCAUCAACAACCGAGUGUUUGUGGUGCAUGGUGGUAUAUCAGACACCACCGACCUGGACAUGGUGAAGAGUCUGGAACGAGAAAAGUACGUGUCAUUGCUGCGGCCUCCAGUUGCUGAGAACUCAGCACCCGGCGCUGAAACCAUCGACAAGGUGGAGUGGAAACAGGUAUUUGACAUAUUGUGGUCUGAUCCGCAAUGUAUCGGAGGCUGUGUGGCGAACGCUCUGCGAGGUGCCGGCACAUACUUCGGGCCCGACGUGACCGAGAGUUUUCUGCUCAAGAAUAAAUUAAGCUUCAUUGUUCGAAGCCACGAAUGUAAACCGGGCGGUUACGAAAUUUUACAUAAUGGAAAUGUUAUAACUAUCUUCUCAGCAUCAAACUAUUACGAGCUGGGCUCUAAUAAAGGUGCUUAUCUCAAGUUGCGGGGCAAUGCUCUGGAACGACAGUUUGUUCAAUACACGGCAGCUGUGUCCCGAACUAGAAGGUUAACAUUUAGACAGAAAGUUGGUCUUGUUGAAUCUUCAGCCAUGAGAGAACUUCACAGCCAUAUUGUAAUGGCGAGGCGAACUCUGGAGGCAACCUUCAGAUGUAUGGACAAGGAUCAGAGUGGAUUUAUAUCGGUGAGUGACUGGUGUUUUGCUAUGGAGGAGACAACUCAUCUUGGGCUACCGUGGCGGAUGCUAAAAGAUAAAUUGGUCCGAACCGAGCCUGACUCCAGAAGGGUUCGGUAUAUGGACACAUUCGACUUGUCGGCUACUAAAUUUGGAAGGAAGUCGGAUACCCAAACUGUUGUUGAAACUCUUUACAAGAACAAGCAAAGCUUAGAAGCAAUCUUCAAGAUUCUCGAUAAGGAUAAUUCAGGUUACAUAACCCUGGAAGAGUUCUCCGAAGCGUGCCAGCUAAUUGGUAAAUAUAUGCCGAAUCCUUUAACUCAAGAACAAUUAGUUGAUAUUUGCCGUUUAAUGGAUAUAAAUAAGGACGGUCUUGUUGAUCUGAAUGAGUUUCUUGAGAGCUUUCGUCUUGCUGAGAAGAAUCUGCACGAAGAAGAACUUCAACUGGAGGAAAUCAACGCCACCUGACAUGAGCUCGACCGCUGUCCCAGUAGGACAGCGGUCGAUAAAGAUGAGACCGGUGUCGAAGUGGAACUGUUGAGAAUUGACGAUGAUCAGAACAAAACCGAUAGUAGACGCUGCGUGGAUGAUAUGAGAUACAUUGCGAGUGGUUCUAGACAAGCAGAGGAAAUUGAAUUAUUGGAUUGUUCCAACUCAAGGCGCCCGGGGCUUCUGGAAAGCAACAUGUGAGACAUAUACUGAUUUGAGAAUCAAAUUAGUCAUAAACACGUAAAAUUUAUGAUGUCGAUCGCGUUAUAUACCAGAAUGACCUGGUAAUAUAUAUAACAGCUACGUAACAUACUUAAUAAUACAUCGUUUCAUCAAUCUUCGUAGAAUUACGCAAUUAGAACGAUGUGAUAAUCGUAUUUUACGCUCUAAGUAGGAAUCUUUACUUGCAUUUUGAUUCUAAAUUCCUACGACAAGGGAAAUUAGAUUUGCUUAUUCUGAAGCUAGGCUGUACUUUCAUACCUAAGUCUAGUAAUAGUAUUUAUUUUAUUGUCGUGAUAAAGCGAUUUUAAUAGGAGUUCUUAAAAUGCUCUUUUGGUAUUCCAAAGCUUAUUAAAUACUACUUGUAAUAUAUAACUACUUUAUAUUAUAUAUCUUAAGCAUUUUUACUAAUGACAGUAAUUGUAUGUAUAACCUAUUCAUAUUUUGAUCAAAUAUCACUUUGCAAAUACAUUUAUACGCAUUGUGCCAAGAAAAUUAUUUACUGGAGUAAUUGUCAAUUGAUAAACAAUUUUUUCACUUUGUGAGUUUUUCAAAAAUAUAAUAAGUUAACGAACGGGAACAAUGAAAUUGACUUUUCACAUUGAUUGUAUUAUAAUAAUAUCUAUACAAAGAAUUAAUAUCGUGUAUAUUAUUUUAAUACUAUUUUUGUACUCAACUGCCUAAAUUUAUUAAAUGUGCUGUCUUGUAAUGAAAUUCUAUAUAAACUAUUGUAUUUUUAGCUUAAUGAUUAUUAAUACUUUUAAACUUAUUGUAGAAAUGCCAGAAAAUUUUGAAUAUUGUAGACUUUUUAUUAAUUAUUCUGUCUACUGUAGUGUUAAAUAAAUUGGAAACUAACUAAAUAAUAUUAAGAAAGCUAGUAAGUCUAUAUUGUAACCAAAAGUCCCUAAAUUGUUAUCCAAACAAUGAAAAAUGAAAAAAAUAUAUAUUUUGUUUCGCGGGAAUGUAAUAUUGCAGAUAUAUAUCACUCAAAACUUCAUAAACAACUUCCACAUCGCGGAGUGGAAAAAGUUUGUACACGGGACUUACAAACGGUAGUUUAUUAUUAUCGCAGAAAGUUUAUAAGCUCGGUAAAAACGGAAAAUUAUUAAAAUGUCAUUAAUUCUAAUUUAAUUAAAAGUGUUGGAUAACAAACAUAUAAGGGACUCCGUCAUUUUAUCUUCUCUUCUAGUCAUAUUUUGUCUUUCAAUUAUCUUAAAUACAUAUCUUUAUUAGUAAACUUUUUGAUCAUUCCAACGCUUAUAAACUUAAAUAUUCAAAAUUACAUCAUAAUAAAUAUACUUAAAUAAUAA